UCGAGCGGUUCAUUGAAUCCGAGCACUUCAACAGCGACCCGUCGCUUGCCGUGGCCUAUCUGGCGUGAGUGUGGCUUCACCGCAACCCCCCCGCACCCGCCGCGAGGCGCGAAGUCGAGACUAACAAGAGGCCGCAGUCGGUAUGCAGACCAUGUCGGAAUCCACUAUGUGCUCUGCUCGAAGCUGCGCACGUUUGCGUACGAGGAGCUCGAGUUCUUCCUGCCGCAGUACGUCUCCGUCCCUGUCCCCGUCGCCGUCGCCGUCGCCGUCGACGUCGCCGUGGCGCACGCGGCGGCCAUGGCACAGCGCAGCCGCUGACCACGAGGACGACCUGCAGGCUCUGCCACCUGCUCAUUAGCAUCGACAACGAGUCGAUGGCGCUGGAGGAGUUCAUCAUCGACCUGUGCGAGGAGUCCGUCAACGGCGCGCUUCUGACCUUCUGGCUCUUCCAGACAUAUCUGCACGACCUCGCCGCUGCGCCCACCUCGAGCGCCUUCAAGACAUGCCGGCGCAUCUACAACCGCGUGCAGCGCAUCGUCUUUGGCGCCGCCGAGCCGCAGCGCCGCGAGCGCAUCAAGGCGAACGUGCUGCCCACCACGGUGCUCUCGAGCCUGGUGCUGGCCAGCAUCGCCGCGCCGUUCCUGCCCGCCCACGCCGGCCCGCUGGCCAUCGCCCAGGCCCGUAAGCCGCGGCCCGUCGAGGACAUGAUCUCGGACAACGUGCAGACCAGCAAGGUCGGCAGGAGCAACACCGUCGCGGGCGGCUCGCCGCGGCCGCGGCCGCGACGGACAGUCCAGGGCCACUCGGACCCGGAGGACGGCCGCGCCUCGAAGUCGCCUGCGCCGCGCUCGAGAGAUGCGAGGGACGCAAGGGACCUGCGACGCCAGGCCGCCCGCCCGCUGCAUGCUGCCCGCGGCGCUUCUGCCCAGCACCGCCCUUCGCUGCUGCUCGUCGACGCCGCCGCCCGCCUGAGCUCGUCCUCCCUGCCCGACUUCGGCAACGCCAGGGCCGCCUCGCCGCUGCCCACGCCGCCAGCCACCGCCGGGCUGGGGCCCCACAUCGACCGCGCCUCGCGCAAGCACUCGGCCCCACAGCACCCGCCCCGGCCUCUGACGCCCACGGCGCUGACCCGCGCCCAGCAGGUGCGCUUGCUGCGCUCCAACUACUUCCGCAACGAGGCGCAGUUCCUGAGUGCCCUGGAGGACAUCUCCAGUCGCCUCGUGUCGGUGCCGAAGCCCGCGCGUCUGAGCGCUCUGCGUGCGGAGCUGGCGCUGAUCGCACAAGACCUGCCCGCCGAGGUCGACAUCCCGCUGCUCUCGCCGCCCACGCUGAAGGACGGGAUUCCGUCGCAGAGCCAACAUCACCGGAUUGUGCGCAUCAAUCCUGCCGAGGCGACGAGUCUGAACAGUGCCGAGAAGGUCCCCUAUCUGCUCAUGGUCGAAGUGCUGAAGGAGGACUUUGAUUUUGAUCCGCAGUCGGAACAGAACCAGCAGCUGCUGGGGAAGCUGAUGCUCGAGAAGGGCACGCCAAGAAGGCGCUUGUUCGACAUUACAAACGCAGAGCGGUUGGCACUCGACAGGACACCACUCAGCGGAUCCGACAGCGUCUUCGAGCCGGCGACUGGCGACCUCGGCAGCACUGCCUUGAUCGCGGACAUGGACGAGGACGAUCUUGCUUCUGGAUUGGCCAGGGUAGCGUUGCCACCGGGCACCGCCAACGGCAAAGCUGCAGCACCCAGAUCGUCCAGCGGAGCGAACACGUUGUCGUCCACGGCGGCAUUGUCCACCCCGCGCACAUCGGACAUGGAGAUUAGCCGUUCGAACAGUCCUGGCCCAACGCGGAAAGCAACGCUACCGCUGAGCAGGAACCAAGGGCCGGAUCAGCCAGACUUUACGGCGCUUGCAACACACAUGCGAACGGCGGCUCAGAUGCUGGCGCAACUGGAAGCGAGCGGCUCGAAGCGGCCCAGGACUGAAGUGGCAGCGAUCAAGGCGAAAAUCAUUGCGAGCAUGCAGACGCUGGAGGAGCAGAAUUUCAUGUCAGAAGACUCAGCGCCGACAUUUGAUGCCAUCAUGGCAGAGUCAGAUCCAACGGCAAUCAUGGCCGAGCCAGAAGAUCUCGAGGAAGGCAUGGCGGUGGCCACGAACUCGGGGGCUGGAGCAGCACGCAUGGAGAACGACUUGAAGACCGCUGGCAUGCGCCGGAAGGGCGAUCGCGAUGACCCCUCCGCAGCAACGUUCGGUGAAGAGUGGAGCGCAAAACGCGAGCGUGUUCGCCGUUCUUCGCCCUAUGGUUCCAUGCCGAACUGGGACCUGAUCUCUGUCAUUGUCAAAACGGGCGACGACCUCCGGCAGGAAGCUUUCGCGUGUCAGCUCAUCCAAGUCUGCGCCAAAAUUUGGGACGAGCACCGGAUUCCCGUCUGGACGAAACGCAUGCGCAUCCUCGUAACCGGCGAAUCCUGUGGGCUGAUCGAGACAAUCACCAACGGAGUCUCCCUCCACUCCCUCAAGCGCUCCCUGACCCUCGCCAGCAUAGCUGCCGGCACCAACCCGCGCAAACGCAUCUCGACACUCAAAGACCACUGGCUCAAGACCUUCGGCGAGCCCGACUCGGAACCCUACAUGGCGGGUGUGGGCUGCUUCACGCGCUCCCUCGCCGCAUACAGCAUCAUCUCGUACGUGCUGCAGCUCAAAGACCGCCACAACGGCAACCUCCUCAUCGACAACAUGGGCCACAUCAUCCACAUCGACUUCGGCUUCAUGCUGUCCAACAGCCCCGGCUCCAUGGGCUUCGAAGCCGCGCCCUUCAAGCUCACGCAGGACUACGUCGACGUCCUCGGCGGCAUCACGGCGCCCGCCUUUGACGAGUUCAAAGCCCUGUGCAAGCAGGCCUUCCAGGCCCUGCGCCGCGAGGCAGAGAGACUGAUCAUGCUUGUCGAUCUCAUGGGCAAGCAGAGCAAGAUGCCGUGUUUUGCCGCGGGCAGCGCGAGCGUGACCAACAGUCUGCGCGCACGCCUGAUGCUGCAUCUGAGCAAGGAGGAGGCGGAGGUUUUUGUCGACGAGCUGAUCGCCAAGAGCGUGGGGAGUUACUAUACCAGACUUUACGAUACCUUUCAGUACCGCACGCAGGGCAUCUACUGAGCGCCGGGUUCGGCACGGGGGGGUUGGAUAGCGCAGCAACGCGGUCGUUUGGGCUGGACUCGCAUCGCUUACAUUAUAGGAGUAGCCGUGAGGCCCGGAGCAAAGGAAAACAUUGCAAUUACACUAGCACAACAUAACACAACACAAAGCAGAGCAGAGCAGAGCAUCCACGCCACCAGCCCGUCUCUCACUCGCGUCCAACACCAGCGCAAACCCGCUUCCCAUCUCUCUCCGCCGCACACAAUCCCUCUUACUUACUUCGCCACACCCACACCCGCUUCCUCUCCCCUGGCCUCCCGCUUCUCACGCCCCCUCUCCACCAACCCAGCGCUCCCCACCACCCCACCAACUCUCUCCAUGACCCUGCCCAGCGU